UUUUCAAAUGAAUGUGGAGGCCAUUUGCUUCUGUAUUCGCUGGAUUCUACUAGCUCUUUGUGAUAAUGCUUCGAUAGCCCCCUCCCCAUUUAGGGAUUUCUCCAUUUAGCGAUCUUCCUGGAUUCCAUAAAGUAUAAUCUGCAAGCUAUGGACUCGCUAAAGUUCGCUUCUUUAAGGCAGAAGCGUCCAAAGAGUGAUACUGAGAAUCGACUCGAGGAUGAUUUAAUGGAGUCUCCUUCCACAUCUCGAAAUCUACAGGAGGAAAUGGGGAAAGGUGAGUCUCAUCAGAUUGAUAUGAAGAAGAAGAAGCUGCCUGAUACUAAGGUUCGAGGUUCUUUGAAGCAAGAGAUUAUGCAGCUUAAGAAACUGCUCAAGGAUCAGUUGGCAGUUCGGCAUGCCCUGGAGAAAGCAUUGGGAUAUAAAGCAAAUGUAAAUGAUUCUUCUUCCAUUGAAGUCAUCAUACCCCUGCCAGCCAAAGAGUUAAUAAGGGAAAUUGCAGUGUUAGAGCUUGAAGUCAUGCACUUGGAGCAGUAUCUUCUGUCACUGUAUCGCAAAGCUUUUGAUCAGCAAGUGACCAUUGCAUCCCCUGCUGUUCCACCCAAAACAAGAUUGAAAGCACCAAUUAGCUGCCAAAGGAUGCUUUUUCAAGUUCCUAAGCCUGAAAUCUCUUCCAAGAAAAUUCCAGUAGUCAACUCUACUCGCAUAUUACCAUCUCAAAUGUCAGCCAAUAAACUAGCAGAUGAAUCCUGUUGCGAAAACCUCACAAAUCUCAGUAUUAACCGUAGCCAUUCUGCACUCAAUCAUCGUGCAGUUUAUUCGACUAGAAUCUCUCCUUCUGAAGAGCCAAUGCCAUUUCUGAAAGUAACUAAUUCCAGUCUUAACAUUUGUCAAGAUGAUCAUGGCACCAUCUCUGGUGUAAUAAGCCUAGCAGAAUAUCUUGGCACCAGCAUCGCCGAUCAUGUUCCUGAGACACCAAACAAGAUUUCAGAAGAUAUGGUUAGGUGCAUGGGUGCCAUUUAUAGCAAACUUGCAGAUCCUCUUCUGGUUAAUAAUGGUCCUGUGUCAUCUCCUGCUUCAUCACUAUCUUCCAUGAGUGCCAGUUCUCCACAGUACAUUGGAGAUGUGUGGAGUCCUGGCUGCAAAAAUGAAUCAAAUCUUGAUAUAAGGCUUAUAAAUCCUUAUCGGAUAGAGGGAUUGAAAGAGUUCAGUGGUCCAUACAAUGCCAUGGUGGAAGUGUCAUCAAUUAACAGGGACAGUCAGAGGUUCAAGAUUACAGGAGACUUGCUGGAUACUUACAAAUCUCUUGUUCAAAAGUUGGCAACUGUCGAUGUAAGCAAGAUGAAGAAUGAUGAAAAGAUGCCCUUUUGGAUCAACUUACACAAUGCUUUGAUGAUGCAUGCAUAUUUGGUGCAUGGAGUUCCUCCAAGUAGUUUAAAAAGAACUUCACUGCUCGUCAAGGCCACAUGCAUAGUAGGAGGCCACUCCGUAAAUGCCGAAAUGAUUCAAGAUUCAUUUCUUGGCUGCCGUACGCGUUUAUCUGGACAGUGGCUUCAAACAUUUAAGCAUCCAAGGAUUAAGUUUAAGGCCAGAGAUGAAAGGAGAAGGUUCUAUGCCAUUGAGAAAAAGGAACCUCUCCUUCAUUUUGCAUUAUGUUCUGGAAGCCAUUCUGAUCCUGCAGUCAGAAUAUAUACUGCAAAGAGAUUAUACCAGCAACUAGAAACAGCAAAAGAAGAGUACAUUCGAGCUACAGUUGGUGUUCUGAGAGAGAAGAAAGUUCUUCUGCCUAAACUGAUAGAAUCUUAUACAAAAGAUAUCUGUGUAAGUUCACAGAAGACCGUUGAUAUGAUUCAAUGCCAUCUUCCUGAGACUAUGCGGAUCGCAGUUCAGAGAUGUCAGCGAGGAAGAUCUCAGAAGAUCAUCCAAUGGGUGCCUCAUAACUUCAGUUUUCGUUACUUGUUAUCAAGAGAAGUGGCAAAUCCUCAGAUCAUCUGAAUUUUGCUCUGAUUUUAGAUUGUGGUGAUUGUCUUCUUGUUCCUUUUUUUUUUUUAAUUUAAUUUCUUCUUUGCUGUUGUACAAAGCUGAGUAAAAAUCCAUGAGGAAUGUACUCUUUGUACAUAAACUCGCUAAUUUUUUGGCAAAGUUUUAGUCAGAUAGUUCUGUCAGUUUUCUAGUCUAUUGAGUUGUUGGUCGUUUUAGUAUUUAUGGAAGAGUGUAUGAACAAGAUUGAAUUUACAAUUUAGGACCUGAUCUAGAUUGUAUGGAAUUUUUGCUUAUUGGAAAUAUCAAACUAAUUUUGAUGAA